CGCUCCCUAUAAGUAUGUUUGCUUUGCGCUCUUGAAAUUCCACCCCCACAUAUGCCAUUUUCCUUAGUACAUACAUCCAAGCUCAGUCAUCAUGUCACCACUACCCAUUCUUCUACUACGUGCCAUCCUGGCCCUCAUUUCCGUGCUCGCAACUUCUCAUCCUCUUGUCGGACAUUCUUAUCUCACCGCUAGCAGUAGUUUCAUCGGAAAUUAUGAUCGAACCGCCGCCAGGGGUGAGGUGGAGGCACUCUUGAAAUGGAAAGCCAGUCUCAAAGGCCAAGGCCUGCCUCUCUUGUCCUCGUGGAAUGCUACCAUCCCGUCCUCCAGCUGGGUGGGGAUAUCAUGCGAUAGUUCUCGGAGAAUCGUGAGCUUGAACAUCUCUGGCUAUGACCUCUACGGUACGCUCCGAAACUUCGACUUUUCCUCCUUCCCCGACUUGACCACUCUGGUACUAGCCAAUAUUUCUAUGUCCGGAACCAUCCCUUCGAGUAUUGGUAACCUUUCCAAGCUCAAUCACCUCGACUUGUCCCAAAAUCACCUUUCAGGUAAUAUCCCACCCAGCAUAGCAAACAUCGCCAACUUGUCUUAUGUCAGUUUUUUCGACAACAAUCUUGAGGGAAGCUUGCCAAGAGAAUUUGGUCUUUUGAGAUCUCUUCGAAUUCUCUACUUAGGAUACAACCAGCUCGCCGGCACUAUUCCUUCUUCAAUUGGGAACAUGAGCAGCUUAUCGGAGCUAUGUUUGUUUCACAAUGAACUUGUAGGUUCAAUUCCUGAUUCACUCGGAAAGUUGGGCAAUUUAACCAACUUAUCACUUUAUGAGAACAAACUCUCUAGCCAUAUUCCUUCUGCCAUAGGCAACUUGAGUAAGCUUAAUUAUUUACGUUUGUAUGAGAAUCAGCUCAAUGGCUCAAUUCCAAGGGAAAUCGGGAAGCUCAAAUCACUUACUGAGUUAGGCCUCAGUGAGAACAAACUCUCUGGCCAAAUUCCUUCUACCACUGGCAACUUGAGUAAGCUUGAGUUGUUAUAUUUGUACAAGAAUCAGCUCAAUGGCUCAAUUCCAAGGGAAAUCGGGAAGCUCAAAUCACUCAUUGAUUUAGAUCUUUCUGAGAACAUGCUCUCGGGCCAUAUUCCUUCUACCAUUGGCAACUUUAGUAAGCUUAAUGUGCUACAUUUGUUCACGAAUUUGUUCAGUGGCUCAAUUCCAAGAGAAAUCGGAAGACUGGAAUCACUCACUGAUUUAGAUCUUUCUGAGAACAAGCUCUCUAGCCAUAUUCCUUCUACCAUUGGCAACUUGAGUAAGCUUAAUGUGCUACAUUUGUUCACGAAUCUGUUCAGUGACUCAAUCCCAAGAGAAAUCGAGAGGAUGGAAUCACUCACUGAUUUAGAUCUUUCUAAGAACAAGCUCUCUGGCCAUAUUCCUUCUACCAUUGGCAACUUGAGUAAGCUUAAUGUGCUACAUUUGUUCACAAAUCUGUUCAGUGGCUCAAUUCCAAGAGAAAUCGGGAGGCUGGAAUCACUCACUGAUUUAGCUCUUUAUGAUAACAAGCUCUCUGGCCAUAUUCCUUCCACCGUUGGCAAAUUGAGUAAGCUUAAUUAUUUACGUUUGUACAAGAAUCAGCUCAAUGGAUCAGUUCCAAGAGAAAUCGGGAAACUCGAAUCACUCACUGAUUUAGAUCUUUCUGAGAACAAGCUCUCUGGCCAUAUUCCUUCUACCAUUGGCAACUUGAGUAAGCUUAAUGUGCUACAUUUGUUCACGAAUAUGUUCAGUGGCUCAAUUCCAAGAGAAAUCGGGAGUCUGGAAUCACUCACUGAUUUAGAUCUUUCUAAGAACAAGCUCUCUGGCCAUAUUCCUUCUACCAUUGGCAACUGGAGUAAGCUUAAUGUGUUACAUUUGUUCACGAAUCUGUUAUGUGGCUCAAUUCCAAGAGAAAUCGGGAGGCUAGAAUUACUCACUAAUUUAGAUCUGUUUGAGACCAAGCUCUCUGGCCAUAUUCCUUCUACCAUUGGCAACUUGAGUAAGCUUGAGCAGUUACAUUUGAACCAGAAUCAGUUCAGUGGCUCUCUUCCCAUAGAAAUGAACAAUCUCACGCAGUUAACGAAUCUGCAGUUGGGUUAUAAUAAUUUCAUUGGCAACCUACCUCCCGAUGUAUGCUAGGGUGGUGUGCUUAUAAAUAUUUCUGUGGCUUCUAACUUCUUCACUGGGCCCAUUCCACGAAGCUUGAAGAAUUGCUCAACUCUAUUUAGAAUCAGGCUUGAUUACAACCAACUCACUGGAGACAUAUCAGAUGCCCUUGGCACAUACCCGAAUCUAAAUUAUCUUGAUUUGAGUUAUAAUGAGCUCCACGGAAUGCUCCCAGUAAGAAUUGGGCAAUACAACAAUUUGACCCUCUUGAGAAUCUCCGACAACAAAAUCUCUGGGGCUUUACCUUGUGAGCUUGGAAACAUGAAAAAGCUUAACGUCCUCGACCUCUCGACAAAUCAUCUUUCUGGGGGAAUAACAAAAAGCCUUGCAAAACUGAAGGAACUUUUUGAACUUUCAUUGGAGAAUAACGAACUCACGGGAAGCAUUCCUCCUGAGAUUGGGACGAUUUUCACUUUGCAAAAGCUUAGCCUCUCUAAGAACAGACUAGUGGGCCCCAUCCCUAAGCAACUUGGGAACUGCAUCGACCUGUUGUCCUUGAACUUAAGUGGGAAUGAAUUGCAUGACAGUAUUCCCGUCGAGAUAGGCAGUAUACGCUCUCUAGAAAUCCUCGAUCUCAACGGAAACUCCUUGGUUGGAGAAAUACCAGAGCAGUUUGGGCGGUUGCAGAGUUUAGAGACCCUAAACCUCUCACACAACAAUCUAUCUGGCGAGAUUCCAUCAACUUUCAAUGAUAUGACAGGCUUGAAAACAGUUGAUGUCUCCUAUAACCAGUUGGAGGGUCCGAUACCCAAUAUUACAGCCUUCCGUAACGCUUCGAUCGAUGUUGUGAGAGGUAAUAAAGGCUUAUGCGGAGGAAUUGUGGGUCUUAAGCCAUGUCCCUUGGAGAAGGGAGAUGGAAAGUUGUUGGUGAUUUUGCUCCCUAUAAUUGCUAUUUUGCUUCUUUUUAUGGUCACUUUUGGAUUUUGGUACACUAUGAUUGGUCGGACCAAAAGAAAUGCGAAGGACCAAUUGGUCUCUACCAAUGAGAAUUUGUUUGCAAUAUGGAGCUAUGAUGGAGUAAUAAUGUACGAGAACAUCAUUGAAGCCACCGAGGAAUUCGACUCAAAGUACUGCAUUGGGUCUGGAGCAUACGGGAGUGUUUACAAGGCAAGGUUGUCGACCGAUCAGAUUGUUGCGGUGAAAAAAUUCCAUAUUUUGCCAGACGGAGACAUAGUUGGCACUACUGAGAUAUCACGGCAAAAGGCUUUCAGGAGCGAAAUUCGAGCUUUGACAGAGAUCCGACACCGUAACAUUGUCAAACUAUAUGGCUUUUGCUUAUCGCCGAGGCAUUCAUUUCUUGUGUACGAGUACUUGGAAGGUGGGAGCCUAGAAAAUCUUUUGAGCAACCAUGAGACUGCGGCAGGGUUUGGGUGGCUCGAGCGCAGGAAUGUGGCAAGAGGAGUGGCAGAUGCACUGUGCUACAUGCACCAUGACUGUUCUCCGCCUAUAAUUCACUGCGAUGUUUCCAGCAAAAAUAUUCUUCUCGAUGUGGAGUAUGAGGCCCAUGUCUCGGACUUCGGAACAGCAAGAUUUAUGAAACCAGAUUCAUCAAACUGGACUUCAUUUGCUGGCACAUUUGGAUAUGCCGCUCCAGAGCUCGCAUACACCAUGGAGGUAAACGAGAAGUGCGAUGUCUACAGUUUUGGAGUCGUAACCCUGGAGUUAAUCAUGGGAAGACAUCCGGGGGAUUUCAUAUCAUCCUCUCUUAGUAGUGUUUACCAUAUGCACCUCAAGGAGAUAUUGGACCGACGUAUUCCAUAUCCCAAGGAUGAAUUUAUGACUGAUUUGAUCUCUGUCCUAGAUAUAGCAUUUUCGUGCUGAAGUUACAGGCCGAAAUCUCGUCCCAGUAUGAAGCAAGUUUCUCUAGGAUUAUCCAUUCGAAGAUCCGACAUGCCUGAUUAUUCUUUGGAGACCAAACUAGGAGAACUGUUUAAUUUGAGAGGCUUGAUUUCGUGAAAGUGUUCUCAGCCUAUUCAAAGUCUAAAUUCACAUCCAAAUUCGAAACAAGUUUAUCAAAGUUGAAAUGCUUGAAGAUCCACCACGGCUAAGUGAUUCUUGGAGAUCAAUCUAGGAGAAGUAUAAGUUCAUUUGAGGGACUCAAGUUCGUGAAACUUUGAUCUUGUAUAUACUUUCUUUGCUACUUAUAAUUAAUGAUGGAACCCAUCCCGUGCAGGGAUCUUGUAAUAUUUGCAUUUUCUUUGGUACUGUUUUCUCUUUGCUUCCUCUCGGUCGGAUUGUCAUGCUGGUGAUCAUAAUGUACCGAUAGGCAUAUACAAUAUCAGUAUACAUAUCUUCUGUUGCA